CAUCUUCAAAAUCUCGGUUGACAGUCACCAUGGCAUUGAAGUGGUUUCUUCUCCUGCUGCUCUCAGCGCUUUGCAUGCGUCCGGUUCUCUCCCAGUCUCUCCGCGAUGAACCCACACCUCCACAUUUGCAGUCGCCAAGCUCUCGUCUUCCUCUCCGUCUCCAGAUGCAAGAUCUGUGCACAAAUUUUGUGGUUAUCUGCGACUUUGUGGCUCAGCACUGCAACCCCGAAGCUAAAACCCAACCUUGGAUGAAAAACCCACCACUAUCAGAUGAAAAACCCAAAUGCAUCGAGAGCUUUAACUUAUUCUACCAGCACAGCAACACUUUGACCAGCUGCAUCCAAGAAUUACCAGCAGAUUCCAGUGAAAAGACCCAAGCUCUGCUGUUUCUGGAGUUCUACACGUCCUGGCAGCAGCAAAAUGCCUGUAAGAUGUUCCAUGCCACAGAAGCGAAAGCAGCGACGGAAUGUUCAGGUGUCAACGCUCAUCGACCGUGGAGACAAACAACUUGGCCACUGUAUUGCCACGAAGUCUUUACAAUGUACAACAGCACACGACACGAACUGGACAAACUUUGUGAACGAACUCCAAAUUCUGAGACGUUCUGGGAAGGAUACGUGGAUUAUAUCGGCUCCAAGACAUGCAAACACUACUACGACAUGGUGCGAGAAGCCAGAGAACGAGGAUGUGGACAAAAGGAUAAGGCAUUACAUGGACAGGAAUGCCGAGAACUGUUCCAUUGGUACGCAGAUAACAAAGAGGUGAUCGAAACAGACUGCUUCGAGUUGAAGGCCAGCAAACCGUUCUAUCGGGGAUUCUACACUUGGAAGAAACAGCAGAAAUAAGUUUAUGAUAUUUUGUUUAUGGGUCGAUGCAUAUUUUAGUUGAGUAUAAGAAACUUUUCUUCCUAUAUUUUUAUUAACUUACUGAAGGGCCGCGUG